AUGUCUACCUUGCCUGAAAGUUUAAAUAAUUAAUUGGAAAAGCAGUAAAGUCAAAAUUAAACAAAGUAAAGCGUUAGAUUUAGCAAGGUAGAAAUUUUGGAUUAGAAAUAGCCUGACAAGCAGCGAAUGUCUCGAUAAGAAUCCAUUCAAAGUGUAAAUGGAAACAACUCUACUAGUAAUAAUUCAAGAGCUUCAAAUAUUCCAAGAAAAAGUAGCCUUGGAAGAAAGUCUUCUUAAAAAAAGUCAAAUGUAGAUUUAAAGUUUGAUGCAGUAAGAGAGGAAUCAAGCAGCGAUACAUCAUCCAUGACUAGCGAAAGUGAAGACGAUUCUACAAAGAAGAGAUCAUAGAAAAAUAGCAUUAAAAGUGCGAAUGAUGCAUUGAAUGACAAAAGCAGAAGAGAGACCUCUUAUAAUGAUUUCUAUUAGAUACAAGAAGAACCCCCAUCUAAAGAGUAAACUAUAUCUGACAGUAUGAGUAAAUAGUAAGAUGAAGAGGAUUCGCAUAGUCAAAAUGAAGAUGAAGAAAAUGAAAUGGACUUCUAAGAUGAAAAUAAUGGAGAUGAAUCUACUUAAGAAAAUCAAAAUGAAGAUAAUAAGAAUCGAAAGUAGAAAGCAUCUUUGAGAUUUAGUAAAUUGCUUUCGCAACAAGAUGAUGUAGCAUAAUUGCUUGAGGUAGUUCAAAAGCAACAAAAUGAUCUAAUGGAAUACUUUACACUGAAAAGGAAGCAAUCGGAGGUUUCAAUGAGUAGUCAUUAAAGUGAUUAGAUUGAGGUGGAUGGUAAAAUUGAAACUAUCUUUAAAAUGCUUGGCAUUUAAUCUGAUAUGAUUAAUCAAAAAGAUGAGAGUGGAAAUCAGGUUACUUAAAAUGAGUAAAUACUUAAGCAAAAUGUUUCUAAUGAUAAUGAUACAGGUAUGCUUAAGAGGUUCUCAUAAGGAUUUUCUUAAACAUCAAGUAGAUAAUUUCUAGGGUUCGGACCUAUGCUAGACUGCCCAUCAUUGAUCUCAGAACAGACUAAUGAAGAUUAAUCAAGUUCUUAUAACAGCAAACAGAAUAUUGAUAAAAUAUCUCGUUAGCAAGCUUAAUCUAUGAUUGCAAAUUAAAACAAUGACAUCUAGAAUUAACUCGAACUUAUCAAUAAAGAAAUAGCCUCCACAACUCAUAAUCUUAAAUCUAGUUCUCAUGCUUAACUUCCUUCAAGUGCUUCUUAGAAACAAGAAUAGUCAAUCUCUGAAGUGACAGAUCUAGAGAAGUAACUCACUUAAUUGCAGCUAAAGAAGUAGUAGCUGUAAUUUGAGCAUUAAUAGAGAUUGCUUUAAUACACAAGAACAAGUUGCUCAUCAAUUAAAAUUAGAGACUGCUUGGUGAAUUAAAAGCUUCUCAUGAAGUUUCAAAGGAGCAGGAGAUCAAGAUUGAAAAAUUCUUAUCUCUCAUACAAGACUGUAAUUUUGAAUCCACUAAUAUAUUUAGUCAAGUUAAAGAUAUAAGAGAAAGAUGAAAGAGUUGAGAGCUUUAAAAGACGUUAUAAAGAAUGCAAAGGCAAAUACUCAGAUUUGAAAAACAGAAUAGAUGAGAUGCUGAUCAAGAAAAACGAAGAAGCAAAGCAAAAACGUGAAAAGAAAGAUCUUAAAAUUGAAAAUGAAUUUCUUCAGCACUAGAUAUAUACUUUAUAAAAUGAAUUGUCAAUUGAGAAAAGAGAAAAAUUGUAAGCCAACGAAUAUCAGCAGAAAAUAAAGUACUAUGAGGGCAUCAUUGAAGAUUUGUCUUAUGAAAAUGCCAAGCUAACAAAUUCAAAAUCAUCAAUGAAAAGUAUGCUCAUUUAAAUGUAACUUUUCAGAAUAUCUAAGGAGUGCGAAGAUUACAAGCAUAAGUACGAAGUGUCUGAGAAACUGAGAGUCCAACUAAAAGAAUUUUUCUCAAAAAAUAUUUAAAAGCAAGCCGAUUAAGAGCUUAAAGUGUCUAAUUAUGAGUAGAUCAUCAUGUCACAGAGUAUUAGUUAGGAUAAAAGCAAAUUAAAUUUGACUGAGAGUAUAGAUAACAAUAGCAUUGGCUUGAAUCUUAAUCAACAGCAAAAUGACUCAAUAGCAAAUGAAAGAAGUCUAGAUUACUUUACCAGUAAAUAUUUAGAUAAAUACAACUCAAAGACCUCAAAUAUCUCUAAUAAUCAAAACUAAACUGCAAAGUUGAAUAAUUAAAGCUUGGUAUCAUCUACUAACUACUAAGGGAAUGCAAAAACAAGAAAUAACAAUCAAAUGUAUCAAUAAAAUAUUCAAAAUGAGAGUAAGCCCUAGUAAUUAAAGCAAACUAUAACCAAAGAGAGUAAUAAAAUUACUAGUCCUCUAAGGCAAGCUUAGAAUCUUUAUGGGGCUUUCUAAACUCAGACUAGAUUUCAAGAUAAUGAAACAAUCAGUCUUAGAAUUCAGAGCAAGAACUAAAAUAUAAUGAAUCAAAGCCAAGAUGGCUAAAGAAGAGCAGGAGCAGCUCCCAGGACUUAUAAUUAUUAAUUUACAAAUGACAGGCAGGAUAUCAUUAAAGUAGACGACCAAAGAGCAAAUGAAUAAAUAAGGGAUGCAGCCAGCAAAUAGUAGUCUAGAUUCAUAACUGAUGAUGAUGAAGAUAGUGAUGAUAUCUCUAGGGAUGAGCAGUUUAAUGCAAAUGUCCCUGUAUUCUCAUUUAAGCUUUCUUGA